AUGACGUCUACCCCCACGAAACCCCUUACGUUAACAUCCCUUGUGGGUUGUCGCCACACUAUCGACCUACACUGCCGCACAUCUCAAACAUCGCCGUCCUCGAUACCAAUUGAGAUUCCAUCUCCAAUUUCAAGCAAUCGUUUCCACUUGCCCUUAUCCCAAAGACGCAAAACGAUCUCACGACUCUCGUCUGACAGUAUCAAGCCCUUUGACUACACCUCGUCGCCUCCGCCUGAAGCACCUCCGCUUCCAGGUCCUCAUGGCGCUUGCUCAUCUUGUUGUUCUGAGCUUAGUUAUGCAGAUCCGACGUGGUUCCUUAAAGAGAUAACUCGAGAUAUUCAUAGUGCAGAUGGGGAAUGGAGAAUAAUUCUGUUGAGAUACUUCAAUCCUAUUGGAGCUCACGAGAGUGGGAAACUUGGGGAAGAUCCCAUUGGGAUCCCAAAUAAUCUGAUGCCUUACACACAAAAACUAAGUAGUUGUUAGAAGAUUACAAGAGUUGAAUGUUUAUGGUCAUGAUUACUCUACAAAAGAUGGCAGUGUUAUCCGGGAUUACAUCCAUGUGAUGGAUUUAGCUGAUGGUCAUGUUGCAAGACUUAAAAAGCUAGAGGAAUUGUGUUAUAUAUUUUAUGGUGGUGGUUUGCAGGGCAAAAUAUGUGAUAAAAUGAUUAUUUUCGUACUGAAUGUCAUGGUAUUCUUAUACGUAUGAAGGGAAAGGCCAAACCUUGAUCCUAGCGUGACGUGGAGAAUAAGAAAAUGACAAAAAAAUGACGACAUACAUUCCUUAAUAUCUUUUUACCAUAUAAUACCAUCAAAUUUUUCUGGUGUAAUAUUGUUAUAACACAAAGUCAAAUUUUUUCAAUUUUUUACUAUAAUGGUGGAUGACAUGUUAUAACAUAAACUGCAUAUUAUAGCAAUGUACUUUCGUUAUGCAAUGUUAGACAAAGUUGUAUUCUUUUCAUUUAUUUAUCAUACUUUUCUGUUAAAGAAAGUUGUAUUCUUUUCAUUUUUUAAUGAUGUAUGAUCUAGUGC